GCUUUGCGCGCACUGAGAACGUUUUCCAAACAAAUCAGUCUCUUGCAUACUGUCUAUGGUCUCUUGCCGCUGGCGUCUUCUCGUGCUGCUGCAUUCACUGCAGUCGGACAUUGGAGAUUCGCGCUCGUAAAUUUUCUAAUUGGCCAUAAGAGCUCACAGAAGAGAGAGACCAGCUACUAAACAAGAACAUAAAUAUGACAAAUGAAAGGGAUGAUAUAAUAGUCAAGAAUAACAAUCUGAUUAAACAAAGAGACCAGUUAAACUGGAAGAUAUUUUGAAAAGUCUUCAUGAAAUGGAUGGAUGGAUUUACCAUGAAUUUAGUUUUUACUACAUUUCCUCUGAGAUGAAGAGCUGGACUGAAAGCAGAAGAUACUGUACAGAGAGAGGAGCAGAUCUGAUCAUCAUAAAGAACACAGAGGAACAAGAAUUUGUUAAUACCAUUUCUGGUGGUGCCCAAGUCUGGAUUGGUUUGACUGACAUUGAAGUGGAGGGCAGCUGGAAAUGGGUUGAUGGAAGCACACUGACCUCUGAGUUCUGGUGGUCUACAGAGCCAAAUGGACAAAGAGGAGAGAACUGUGCUCUAAAUAAUCAAAGAUGGGCUGAUUAUCCAUGUAAUUCUGUUUUUAAAUGGGUCUGUGAGAAGAGCGUUUUACAUUAUUACAUUUAAUAUUUAUUAGAGAAAAAUGUAUUACUAAUAUUUGGGUAGUUUGGGUCUUUGUUUUACUUGUGAUUGCAUAAUGAAUCAGUUAAUAAAUACAAAUACAAUCUCUGUGUUUGGAAUAAUGUAAACCCUAACACUAAGCUUAAAUUAUAUUAAAAAAAAAACUUUUAAAUCAGA